AUGGAGCAAUCAUCUAGAAAGAGGAAGCUCUCCAAGCAGGAGGAACGGGAAUUGAUUGAUAAACACAAGAUCAAGUUCGAAGGGCCCGUCUCGCAGGCAAGUUGGCCGGAACAAAAUUCAGCCAUAUUCACCAGCAUCCGCAAAAUCGAAGACAUUAAAUACAACACCUACUUGGGGCAAAUCCAAGCCAAUACUCCGGAGGGCACACAAAGGGCGAAAACGGUAAACAAGGCUAACCGUCUUGUUUCUGCUGCAUAUGAUUGCCGUAUUAUUGAAGCCAACGAGUCUACUUGGAGGUCCAAGACAGAGUUCCUUCUACUAUCCCGUUUCGAGGAAGACAUAGAGUGCCGGAGAUGUCAACAGCGACGAUGGGUUCCCGAUUCCUGUACGCUGCCGAUGACGCCAAAUGGGGGACAGAAAGUGCAAACAGCGCAGGGAGGAGUGGGUAUUUGUCGGUGCAUUGAAAGCGAUAUCGAUGGACAUGGGUCAAUAUUUGCCGGAAAGCUGCACGCAGGAAUCAACGACCUUUCCGUUCCUGAGAUCGGAACCAAGUUCCCCGAUAUGAUCAUCGGGCUUCAGAGAUCACCAACACUCAGCGCUGCCCUCCAAGGCCAUUCAAGGCUAGUUUCCAGUCCAGUAAAGGAUGCAGAGCAUAUUUUGUUUCCUUUUCUGAUUCUCGAAGCCAAGUCUGAGAUUCAAACACCUGGGUUUACGGCUAUCGAGAAGCAGACUGCGUUCCCCAUAAAAAGACUUGUCGAUAUUCAAAAGUCUCUGAGAAAAAGAAGGCAAGAGCCAGAGGGAAACAGCUUAGUUUGGUUCUUGGCUUUCAGUGGGGAUGAAUGGAGAGUCUAUGCGUGUGUUCCAAGAGGAGAUGAAACACGUAUAAUCGACCUUUGGCACGGAUGCAUUCAGAGACAUGAUUCUGCGCUGCAAUUGUGUUUGAUUGUUGACUUUAUAUGUGACUGGGCUUUGAAUAUCCAUCGAAAUGAGGUCAUUAGAUUGCUUUCUGGUAAAAUGAACACAACAAUCAGCAAUUCUCUGCCUACUUUGCAUGAACGUGAUACCCAAAAACUGCAGCCUGAGUAUUCCAGCCCGCCGAAGCGACAAUCCGUCAUUCGAGACACAAAUGAGGUUUUCUUCUCAUUCCGCCAUCUGACACUCCCUGAUGUGACGGAAAAGCUGAUUGCGAUUCUCAAUCCACCUGGCUCGGGGGUUAAUAAAGUCAAUCAGAAAGCUAUCAAACUUUUGGAUCUCUUCAAUCUAGAGCAUCCGCUCUUGGUCACGGCGGAAUUUAUUUGUCGUCUACAGCUGCUUUGGACCGGUACAACGAGCAAUCAUCCAAUUCUUGACAGCGAUCAGUCUGUCUGUGCUCACAUUUCCUUCCAAUCAUACUUUCGGCCAAGCGACUUCCAUAUAGUACGAAAAAUCUCAUGCAUCACGGCAUCAUUCAGUGCAAUAAGUACUCUGCAGCGUCUGGCUGGAACUAAGCUUCCUUUGUCGUCUGUCUAUGCAGAUCUAAACCCGGAUAAAGUCCUUCCUUUGGCUGAACUAUCUGGCGUGCAUUCAUUGAGAGCUGCUGGUAGGAACUUACGACUCACGUUAUGGGUAACUCAAGGGGAUUUCAUUGUGCAGCCAUCCUGUGAAUGGGUGAAGCAAGCCUCUCAUGGAGAUUUUGUAUCGAGCAUCUGGGACAAACUAGAAACCUGUUCUCCUGGGGUUCUUCGGUUUCCUAUAUCCAUUCACUCGAGUGAACUACGCAGGAUGCCGGCUACCAAUAAAUCUCUGUCUUCUGACCUGCAAGACUGUCUCAAAGAGGGAAAGCAUCAGCUCCUUCACGGAGCCGCUCUUUUCAAGACACCUGAGAGCUCACUCCAGCCGCUUAACCCCCAGUAUUGCUUGGCCGUAUUCGAUGGCUCCGACUUAGACGAUCGGCCGUGUCUUGGCUUUAAAUUAUUGCACUUGAUUACAACCGGCGGUUUGUUUGAGGGGAAACGCCUGUCAACUGCGACUACGAAAGACCGCCAAUUCAUCUACGACUGGGCUACUCGCCUAAGGCGCGGUGAUUCUUGA